AUGCGCUGCCUGGCUCCACGUCCUGCAGGCUCCUACCUGUCGGAGCCCCAAGGCAGUGGAUCGUGUGCCACCAUGGAAUUGGGGCCUCUGGAAGGGAGGUACCUGGAGCUUCUCAACAGCGAUGUUGAUCCCUUGCACCUCUACCACUUCUACGACCAGAUUGACCUGGCUGCAGAAGAAGAGAUCGAGCUGUGCUCAGAACCCUACACGGACACCAUCAACUGUGAGCAGUUCAGCAGGCUGCUGUGUGACAUUGAAGGUGACGAAGAGACCAGGGAGGCUUACGCCAAUAUCGCGGAACUGGACCAGUAUGUGUUCCAGGACUCCCAGCUGGAGGGCCUGAGCAGAGAUAUUUUCAUAGAGCACAUGGGAUCAGAUGACGUGAUUGGUGAAAAUACAGAGGUGCCCGCGGAAGCAGCGCAGGAAAGGCAGAAGAGACCCUUCCCGGAUGAGUGCCCGGCGGACCCGAAGCACAGGAGGCUAGUGCCCCCCACCGGCUCCUCCUUGAACUGCCUGAACCUCCCUGCUGGCUCCAUCCAGCUCGUCCCCACUCUCCCCGCUCUGCCCCAGUGGCUCUGGCAAAUCUCAGGGGCUGGGACUGGCGUCUCCAGUGUAUUCAUCUACCACGGCAAGCUACCCCCGGCCAGCCAAGCAUCCCCUCCCAGAGGCCCUGCUGUGCACAGCCUCCCGAGGUCCCCAGAGCGGCCUGGCUCCACCAGCCCCUUCGCUCCGUCUGCAGCUGAGCUGCCCACCAUGCCCGAGCCAGCCCUGACCUCCCGCACAAACGAGACAGAGGACAGUGUGCUCCCCACGCGAUGCCAGGAAGCCCCGGAGGUCUCCAAAUGGCCUGAGCCGGUGCAGCAGCUCUGCCGCUCACUGCAGGACAAGUUCCAGGCUGAGCCCGCAGGCCCGGAUGGCAUCCAGGUGGAGGUGGAUCUGGUGAGGGCACAGCUGGAGAGGAAUGGCAGCAAGAUCCAGGACAGGGAACUGGCCACGCUGGACUGGGCUGAGAGGCAGCUGGCCCGCGGGGGUCUGGCCGAGGUGCUGGCUGCCGGCAACCCCCGGCGGCCACGAGAGACACAGAUCAUCGCCGUGCUGGGCAGGGCCGGGCAGGGCAAGAGCCACUGGGCCCAGGCGGUGGGCCGGGCCUGGGCCUGCGGCCAGCUGCCACAGUACGACUUUGUCUUCCACGUGCCCUGCCGCUGCCUGGACCGUCCCGGGAACGACUUUCGCCUGUGUGAUCUGCUUGUGUCUUCGAGUCCGCCGGCCCUGGCCGCGGACGAUGAGGUCUUUGGCCACAUCUUGAGGAGGCCCGAGCGUGUCCUGCUCAUCCUGGACGCCUUCGAGGAGGUGGAAGCCCAGGACAGCCUCCUGCAUGGCGGCGCGGGCAGCCCCGGGCCCACGGAGCCCUGCUCCCUCAGGGAGCUGCUGGCUGGCCUCUUCCAGCGCAGGCUGCUCCGGGGCUGCACCCUGCUCCUCACUGCCCGGCCUCGGGGCCGCCUGGGCCAGAGCCUGAGCAAGGCCGACGCCCUGUACGAGAUGACCGGCUUCUCGGCCGAGCAGGCCCACGCCUACGUGGUACAAUACUUUGAGCGCUGCGGAGCCCCAGAGCACCGAGAGCGAGCCCUGGCACUGCUGCAGGAUCGCCCGUUUCUACUCAGCCACAGCCACAGCCCGACCGUGUGCCGGGCGGCGUGCCAGCUCGCACAGGCCUUGUUGGAGCGGGGCUGCGAGGCCCGGCUGCCCUGCACACUAACAGGACUCUACGUGGACCUGCUGGGCCCUGUGGCCAGCGACAGCCCCCCAGGGGCCCUGGUGGCACUGGCCAGGCUGGCCUGGGAGCUGGGCCGCAGACACCAAAGCUCCCUGCAGGAGAGCCAGUUCCCGUCGGCGGAGCUGAGGACCUGGGCUGUGGCCAGCGGCUUGGUGCAGCCGGCCCCGGGCGCCACGGAGACCGAGCUGGCUUUCUCCAGCUUCCUCCUGCAGUGCUUUCUGGGGGCCUUGUGGCUGGCGCUGAGCAGCGAGAUCAAGAACAAGGAGCUGCCGCAGUACUUGGCACUGACCCCAAGGAAGAAGAGGCCCUAUGACAACUGGCUGGAGGGCGUGCCACGCUUUCUCACAGGGCUGAUCUUCCAGCCCCGCGCCCGCUGCCUGGGAGCCCUGGUGGGGCCGGAGGCAGCCGCCGUGGUGGACCGGAAGCAGAAGGUGCUCGCGAGGUACUUGAAGCGGCUGCAGCCAGGGACGCUGAGGGCGCGGCGGCUGCUCGAGCUGCUGCACUGCGCCCACGAGGCCGAGGAGGCCGGGAUCUGGCAGCACGUGGUGCGCGAGCUCCCCACCCGCCUCUCCUUCCUGGGCACGCGGCUCACGCCCGCUGACACACACAUGCUGGCCCGGGCCUUGGAGGCCGCCGGCAGGGACUUCUCCCUGGACCUCCGCAGCACCGGCGUGGACCCCUGUGGACUGGGCAGCCUCGUGGGACUCAGCCGUGUCAGCAGCUUCAGGGCCAACUUGAGCGACACGGUGGGGCUGUGGGAGUCCCUGCAGCAGCGUGGGGAGACCAAGCUACUCCGGGCAGCCGAAGAGAAAUUCACCCUGGAGCCUUUCAGGGCCCAGUCUCUGAAGGAUGUGGAAGAGCUCGGCCACCUUGUGCGGACCCAGAGGGUGAGACGCGCCUCUGCAGACGAAGCCGGCGGACUGCCUGCCGUCCGGGACCUGAAGAAGCUGGAGUUUGCGUUGGGCCCCACCUUGGGCCCCCAGGCCUUUCCCAAACUGGUGAAGAUCCUCACGGCCUUCUGCUCGCUGCAGCACCUGGACCUGGACUCCCUGAGCGAGAACAAGAUCGGGGACGAGGGCGUCGCACAGCUGUCGGCCACCCUCCCUCAGCUGAAGGCCCUGGAGACGCUCAACCUGUCUCAGAACAGCAUCACCGACCUGGGCGCCUGCACGCUCGCCGAGGCCCUGCCCGCACUCGCCGGCUCCCUCCUCAGGCUGAGCUUGUAUAAUAACUGCAUCUGUGAUGCGGGAGCAGAGAGCCUGGCGCACGUACUUCCACGCAUGGCGGCCCUGCGGGUGCUGGAUGUCCAGUACAACAAGUUCACGGCCGCCGGGGCCCAGCAGCUCGCCGCCAGUCUGAGGAAGUGCCCUCAUGUGGAGACGCUGGCGAUGUGGACGCCCACCAUCCCAUUCGGCGUCCAGGAGCACCUGCAGCAGCUGGACUCACGGAUCAGCCUGCGAUGA